GAUGGUAUUCCUCUUGCCCGAGAGACUCUUCUGCUUCAAGUAGUCAAUGAAAUAUACGACGACCUCACAAGUGACGAAAAACAUGAUGCAACUCAAAGAAUCGCUCAGUAUUUAGGAGAUGACGCUCUUUCUCCAGUGCGGCGUACACUGACCGACUUUCCGCAGGGUAAGGACCUCAACAAGCUGACUUCACUGCUUCAUGAAUAUCGCCUCAGGCUUAUCAUUAAGUGUCGCUUGCCGGAGUGGUCCACAAGGAUGCUAAUGAGUCUCAUGUCCUCAAACUUUACUCGCUAUGUUGGAAGCUGCAUUCAGUAUAAUGAACGAGGAGCGGAAGUCUCAACAUUUUUUGCCAGCUUUACGUCAUACGCUGAGGACAAAUGUGCAGAACUUCUGGAACUGGCCAAUCUCAACACACCAGUGGCUCUUAUCCUGUCGCAGUGCCUACUGGAUACUUGUCGGGCAAAUCCUUUGAGUGAAGAGUGGGCCAGUAUAGUCUUUGCUCUUGCUGUUUUUGGUCCAAUACCGAAAAAGGAACAGCGGGUGCUUGAUGCCGCCUAUGAGAUGAUUUACGAAGAGCGCGUCAAUGAAUUCGAUGAUGAACAUAGGCCAUUCGAGGUGCUUCAGCGUACAAGGUUGAAUGGGAUCUGUGUUGCUCUCCGCCUUGCUGAGGAAAAUUCGAAGUUCGCAAAUUAUCUUGUUGAACACAUUAUUACUGAAACAAAUGUUUUAAACAAAAGCUCAUCUCGUUCCUUCGGCUUGUCACUCGCUCAUCGUCAAAAUACUCGUGCGGCUGCUCUAUUGCUACUUGUUGCUGACUAUGUGCAUGAUGAG